UGCAGAACACAAACCCUCCGUUUUAAUUUAAGAAGUGGAGAAAAAAAAAAGAAGAAUUCUCUGAAUUUAGCAUCUAGCCUCUCCAAUCCACAGAAACGCAAAUCUUUAGCUUAAGCAGAGACAACAUACAGAAAGAGAAGGAAAGAGAAUGGCGACCGAAACAGCAAUAGAAGGAACUGCGGCGGAGGCAGCAGCGAUUGUAACAGAGAAGCCACCGUCGCAUAAGUUAGAGCGGAAGUGGACGUUCUGGUUUGAUAAUCAAUCGAAGCCUAAACAAGGCGCCGCAUGGGGCACAUCUCUCCGCAAAGUCUACACCUUCGACACCGUUGAGGAAUUUUGGUGUCUGUAUAAUCAGAUAUUCAAGCCCAGCAAACUCUCAGUAAAUGCUGAUUUCCACUUAUUUAAAGCUGGAAUUGAACCCAAAUGGGAAGAUCCUGAGUGUUCUAAUGGAGGGAAAUGGUCCGUUGCUUGUGGCAGGAAGCCUAUCCUUGAGAACAUGUGGCUAGAGACUUUGAUGGCGUUGAUUGGGGAACAAUUUGAUGAGUCCGAUGAGAUUUGUGGCGUGGUUGCUAGUGUGCGCCAAAGGCAGGAUAAAUUAGCUUUAUGGACCAAAACGGCAACGAAUGAGGCUGUCCAGAUGAGCAUCGGCAAGAAGUGGAAGGAGAUUAUUGAUGUCACUGAUAAGAUCACUUACAGCUUCCAUGAUGAUUCUAGAAGGGAAAGAUCUGUCAAAAGCCGAUACAGUGUAUAAGCACUCUUUGAUAGUUUUGCAUGAUCAGCAAUGCCAAGAAGUGGGACAUAUUUGGAUGGAGAUGCCCUAGAUGGGAUGUAUUUUAAUGUUUCUUUAGUUAUUGACAAUUUUCUAUUUUUACCAAAGCAUUGUAGCAUCUGGAAAAUCUGUAUGAGAGAUUAUUGUGUUGUGCCUUAUACAUGUCGUAGAAGAAAGUACCUUACUUAUUUUCGGUACUUGAUUAUUUAACUCCAGAUGGAGUUAUUUUUGGAAACAAGAUAGAUAUGUUGCCACA